CCGAUCAGUUACUUGCAAUAUUUUCACAAAGAACGCAACCAAUCAACUUAGAUAAAAAUUAUGAAACUCACUGGGAUACUUAUAUUUUUUGGCUGCACAAUAAUUCAGCUGAUCGAAUCGCUGCCAACAGAUUCCAGCACAUCGCAGGACCCAAGUGGCUCAUCAAAUGACUAUAAAAAUUCCGAUUUAGCCAAUAAUAAUCUAGACUUAACAGCACGUCAUAAUAUUUUAUUGGAGUUUGAAAAGCAUUUUGCGCAAUUGUCACGUGAAGCUGUUAAAGAAAUCCUGGCAGACUUGCAAGCACUGCCUGAGCAUAGCGAUGCCAUUGAGAAUAAUAUCACCGCACUGAGCCAUGCUUUGGAGCAAAUCGAAGAUGUUAACAUAAUCUAUGAACCAUUGGAUAAUAGCGACGUGCGCAGAGUUUCCAACGUAAUUGGCGAUUUAAUUAAUUCUAACGUCGCUAUAGCAAAUGGUGCAGCUACACAUGAAAAGCUAGCAUUUGAAAUGCACAGAUUGACCGACUGGUUUGGUGAGGUGUUCGAUGAUUUUAUAGCUACGCUAACGCCAGAAGAGCAGCAAAGUGAAACAGAGUUGAUAAAUCUGCACCAACAAUACAAAGAGAGCGACGAUGAGCACAAAUGGGAGCUAUUACCUGGUGUGUGGAAUUCUUUGGUUAUAUAAUUAGUAUUGUCAUAUAAUUUUCUUAUGAGUCAAUUUAAAGGUGAUUCAAUUUAGUUUGAUUGUGAAAAGUUUUAUAGUCUCCACAAAAUUAUAAUAAAUUGUUUGUAAAAUU